AGCAACGGUUGCUGCUUAGCCUCUCCAUGGCAACAGCAAACGAGGCCACGGAGCAGCGCGCCGACGUUUAGAAUAAGCCAAAAACUUACAAAGAAAGUGCUCUUAAAACUUUGUAAAGUACUUUUCUUGUCGACUAGCAGAGAUGGAGGGUCUCGCGUCCGUGCAGGAUCUCCACGCGCUUUCAGCUUUACUGAGCCCACCACAGGAAGAUGAGGAAGAUCUGCAGAAAGUAAAGCCUUUGGAGAAAAUGGGCCCGGGUCACAUUGGCGCACCUGCUCUACCUGCAACAGACAACAAACAAGGUAGUACUGCCUAUGUGAAGAAGAACAACAAAAAUAUCUGGGAUGAAGAAGAAGUGACAGAAGGGUCACACUUUGAUGACCUCACAGAUCCAAGACCACAACCUGAGUAUGAGAUUAUCCUGAAGCAGUCUGUUGGAACUGAAGAUUUGUUUCUUGGCUUGAGCAGAAAGGACCCCUCAUCUAUGUGCUGUGAAAGCAUGCUGGUGAAAGUUAAACUGCCAGGUACAAAAGCUUCAGAUUUGGUUUUGGAUGUAAAGGAGACAUUUCUUGACCUCAGAACUCCAAAGUAUAAGCUAGGCCUUCACCUGCCUCAUCCAGUCCACAAACAUGAGGGGAAUGCCAGAUUUAUUACAGAGCGAGAAGAACUGGAGAUCACACUGCCCAUGAAUAGACCAAUGGACAGUAUCAACCUUGCUUGAGAGAGAAAGUGACAGAAAAAGAGAGAAUAAAGAGACUAAACAAUGAGCAGCAACAUAGUUGGGAACGGCACUGAAAAUAAAAAUAUAGAAAUGUUAUACAGUGUUUUAAUGUUAAAAGGCUAUACAGGGGGUUAUACAGUUCCACCAGCCUAUGGUCCUUGAUUAAUCAUAAUUUGUUUUAGCUGAGGACAAUGCAAUAAAUUGUUUAUACAUUUUACAGCUAAACAAUAGUGUAAGAUAAAGGAAUUCGGUACCUGGAUGAUAAGUGUCCGGUUAUGCAGUAGUAUUACAAAACUGAUCUUGUGAUGUUCAGCAUAAUUUUUUUUAUCCAUCAUAAUCAUAAAUAGUUUCUGAUGUGAAUGGGAAAAUAAAUGUUUUGUUAAAAUGUUUUUAUUUUUGAAGCUGUAAAGAGUGAGAUGAGAAAAAGAAACAAAUACACGUGUAAGAGAAUUUGGCGUGGUGUUAGUUAUUCAGUAUUACGAAAAUUGAUGUAAUGUUCAUCAUAAUCGUUUUAAUCAUACAUUGUUAUAUUUCUUCCACAUCUGCUGUAAAAUAAAGCUUAUUUCUGCA